AUGGCCGCAUCAUCAAUCCGUGCAAUUAUCGGACAAGAUAUUAAGUCUUACCAGCCAAGCAUUUCUGCUAAUCAGACGACCGUAAAAGGAAUUCAGCAAAUUCAGCGAAUCGCUGUAACAGAAGAUAGUUCAACUAAAACUGAUCCAUUGCAAUAUUCUGCUUAUAAGAAAAGUCAGAUUAAACGAAAUCAGCUACCUACAGAAAAUAUGGAGCAUACACGCACUAUUGUUAGCCAACAACAACAAAGUCCGUUACAAACGAGCCAUAGCCAACAAAAUCAAGUUUUAACACAGGAUCAACAAAAAAUGCCUUCAAAUUUACUCGUACUUAGCAAUGGAGCGUCAAAUAGUGGAUCUGCUACUAUUAGUUCUUCAGCGCUUGAUAUAUCUGCUUGUACACAACAGCAACCAAAUUCCGUACUUCGUGUUAUCAUUGAAAAUAUGCUUUAUCCUGUCACGCUUGAUGUUCUUUAUCAAAUUUUUUCACGUUAUGGCAAAGUGUUACGGAUUAUUACUUUCCAUAAAAAUAAUACUUUUCAAGCUUUAAUACAACUUAGUGAAGCGAAUAGCGCUCAAAUGGCACGACAAUCGCUUGAUGGUCAAAAUGUAUUCAAUGGAUGUUGUUGCCUUCGUAUUGAUUAUAGCAAACUUGCCACACUAAAUGUCAAAUAUAACAAUGAUAAGAGUCGUGAUUAUACGAAUCCAACACUACCUUCAGGCGAACUAACUCUUGAACAACAAUUAAGUCUCGUGUCGGCAGCAAGUAGUCAAAUUGCACCAACAAUUGCUUCACUAGUCCAGACGCCAUUCGCUUUUCCUUUUGGUGCUGCUACACCUCAGUACACCAUUCAGCACCAAACAGCUCCUUUUCCACCAGCCAAUUUGAAUAUCUAA